AUGCCCGAAGUAAGACCCUUCGAGAUAACCGUCGACGACGCCACCCUUGAAGACCUCCGCCAGCGCCUCGCUGACACCCGUUGGCCCGACGAAAUCCCUGGCUCCGACUGGGACUACGGCAGCAACCUCGCCUACAUCAAGGAACUGUGCGAAUACUGGCGCACCGGCUUUGACUGGCGGGCGCAGGAAAAGAAGCUCAACGCCUUCAACAACUGCAAGUCCGUGGUUGAUGGACUGGACAUCCAUUUCAUUCACGAAAAGGGCAAGGGCCCCAAUCCCAUCCCGCUCAUCAUUCCGCUCCUGUCCGACCCGGCAGCCCACGGCGGAGACCCCGUCGACGCCUUCGAUGUCGUGGCCCCUUCGCUGCCCGGCUUCGGCUUCUCCCAGGCCUCUCGCGAUAGGGGCAUGGAGAUCGGGAAGGUCGCCGACCUGUGGGCCAAGCUGAUGAACGAGAACCUGGGCUACGGCAAGUUCGUCGCCGUCGGCGGCGACAUCGGCGCGGGUGUCACCUCACGCCUCGCCUACUCCCAUGCCGACAAGCUGCACGGCGUCCACCUCACCUCCGUCACCCGCCCGACUCCCUAUCUCGGCCCGGACUCUCGCCCCCUGACCGAGGCCGAAAUGGCCCAUAGCGCCCAGCGCGAGCGCUGGUUCGCCGACGAGGGCGGAUACAACCACCUGCAGGGCACCAAGCCCCAGACCCUGUCAUACGGCCUCAACGAUUCCCCCGCUGGCGUCUGCGCCUGGAUCGUCGAGAAGUGGCGCACAUGGAGCGACUGCAACGGCGACGUGGAAAGCGUCUACACCAAGGACGAGCUGCUCACCACCGUCACCAUCUACUGGGUUACCCAGACCAUCGGCUCCUCUGUCCGCAUGUACCGGGAGAACCAGACCCACGUCUGGGAGUUGGCUAAGGACGAAAAGGUCCCCGCGCCCGCAGGCAUGGCCAUGUUCCCCCAGGAAAUCGCCCGACCGCCCCGCGAGUGGGCCGAACGCUCCUACAACGUCGGCCGCUGGCAGGAGAUGCCCCGCGGCGGCCACUUCGCCGCCAUCGAGGAACCUCAGCUCCUCGCCAACGAGGUCAGAGAGUUCUUCCGCCAGUACCGCUAG